AUGGCAGGGAAUAUGAGCCUACAACUUUGCGGGGCUUUAAUAAGCUCUGUUGACAGAUAUCUAAAAGCAAGUGACAGCAAUGUUGCCAUAUUCAAGGACAGAGAAUUUUCCAAAACACGAGCUGUCCUUUCAAGAAAACAGCAACAGCUGAAAGGCCAGGGACUUGGCAAUAAGCCGAGAGCUGCAGAAACCAUGACAGAGUCUAUCAUUGACCAGAUGCAUGAAGCCAGGACACUAGGUGACUACACUCCAAGGUCUUUGUUACACUCCAUGUGGUUUGUAUGCACAAACCAUUUUGGAAUGCGGACAGGCAAAGAAUGCCGUGAUCUCUGCUGGGAGAUAUUCAUCUUAGAAUGGACGAAACUUCUGUGUAAAUUUCAUUACUUCAGAGGUACAAAACCCAAAGCCUAUGCCACUGCUGACGCCCAGAGAGAUCCUGUACAUCUGUACAAGCUGUACAGCCAGAAACGACCGGACGAAAUGUGCAAACCUGACAGCCCAUUCUUCCUUACACCAAAUGAUAAACCACAGAGAUGCUGGUUCAAAAAAACCCCACUUGGAAUAAAUAAACUUUACAACAUUAUGAGAGACAUGAAGGCUGAAGCAGGAAUUGAAAAUCCCAGAAUAACGCCUUACAGCUCCAGAAAACAUCUGGUUCAAACUCUAAACGAUGCUGGGGUCCCUGCCAACCAAAUCAUGCAAAUUUCUGGUCACAAGAAUGUGAAUUCUAUAAACAACUACAGUAAAAUCAACAACGACCAGUCGAGAAAUAUUUCUAAAAUACUGUCGAAUCAGAGAAAUGAAACCAACCUUCAAACUCAAGGAAGUGGUGCUGCCAGUGCUCCGGAGCCAUGGACUGGGCCUUUCGGAUCCAAUCGCUCUCGCAGUCUUUUUGCAAGCAGCACUUUCCACGGACCUGUGACUUUCAAUUUCCACAGUACAUCUGUAUCGGAAACACUGUCACAAAUGUCCACAGUUAACGUAGGCCGAAGUAAUGCAACUGCUGAAGAGUCCGUUUCCAACAUGCUCGAUUCGCCAGUUGCCACUGCCAGACCAUUCAAACGAAUAAGAAUGAUUCCAGAAAGUGACAGUGACUAACUGUAACACUCACGACACGAGAGUUUACAUAUAAGUCCAUUUAAAAUCCCACUGUUACACUGUUCGUAUUGUUUCUCCAGUUAUUUGUUCUAACUGUUUACCGAUUGACUGAAGUAAAACAAAAUGGCGGACUCGAAUUUUGACAAGCGCAAGUGCGCGUAUCUGCGCGUAUGAAUUUCACACAUUGUUUGUUUAAAUAUAUCUGAAGUUACAUGAAUAAAAUUUUUGAAGUACCAAAUAUAUUAUUUAUAUCCCUUACAAAUAAAUUAAUCUCCUUUCUUCUGUUAGACAAAACACAACCUGGACCAAAUUUGUAGAACUAUUUGGGACGCAUAACACAGCGCUGACAGUCGUAAACAGUGGGGCUCCCUGCGGGGAAUUUUU